AUGGCCUUCGGCACUGAAAGACACUGGAGCGGAUGGAACUUUUUUAUUUGUUUCCUGGUCUCUCUUGGCCAGAUAGCUUUCGGCUAUCCAGCUUCCAUCAUCGGUGUCACGCUCGCACAGCCAUCUUUCCUGACCUAUAUGGGCCUACUCGAUGUCACCCAGGAUCCGCCCGUGAUGACUCCAGGGGCUGACCAAAAAAUCGGAGCAAUGUCAGGAGUGUUUCAAGCCGGCGCUGCCAUCAAUGUCUUCAUCGCCGGCUGGGUGGCGGACCGAUGGGGCCGCAAGGCCGCCUUCUACUGGUGCGGAUUGCUCUCAUUGCUCGGUGGUGCAAUGCUCUGCGGUGCGAGGAACGCAACAAUGUUCAUCAUUGCUCGACUUUUCGCUGGUGGUGGAAGUUGGGGAUAUCUUGCCGUCACACCCUUUUAUUCAGCGGAGCUGGCACCUCCAGGUCUCCGGGGUUUGAUGGUCGGCAUGAAUGGUGUCAACAUCGCGUUGGGCUAUGGCCUCGCUUCCUAUAUGGGCCUCGCAUUCUACUACAUUGAGGAUCCCCAGACGCAGUGGCGAGGGCCCUUGGGAAUUGCACUCAUCUGGCCUUUCAUGAUGAUGCUUGUGUGCUUUAUCAUUCCAGAGUCACCUCGGUACCUUCUCAUGAAGGGCAAGGUUGAGCAGGCAAAAGAGGUUGUCUUCAAGCUGCAUGCUUCCAAGAAUGACCCCGACCAGGAAUUCGCCCGUGGAGAAUUCUAUCAGAUGUCGAAACAAGCCGAACUGGACAGGACCAUGGAGCCGGGCUGGAUCGAGAUGUUCCGACGGCCUAGCUAUCGCAAGCGAACCAUUAUGGCCAUGGGUUUUGCAUUCAUUGGCCAAUCGACGGGCGUGCUGGUCCUCAACAAUUACGGUCCGACCAUAUACGCGGCUCUGGGUUACAACACCUUGUAUCAGCUGAUCUUCCAAUGUGGCUGGAUCACUGUCGGCAUUAUCGGCAACCUCAUCGGAGCUCUCAUCAUGGAUUGGACCGGCCGCAAACCUCUCCUUGUCCUCGGUGUCGGAGGCUGUUGCGUCAGCCUCAUCCUCGAAGCGGCGAUGGUCAGCUCCUUUGCGGAAGAAGGCACCAACAAGGCUGGCCUCCGCAUGGGUGUGGCGGCUGCGUACCUUUUCCUGCUGGUGUACAGCAUCGGUGUCGACGUCGCCGGCGUGGUCUUCUAUUCCGAGCUUUUCCCCAAUCACCUCAGGGCGAAGGGCCUGUCUCUGAGUAUCGCGGUCAUCGCACUGACAGACUUGGUAUACCUACAAGUUGCCGCCACGGCUUUUGCCAAUAUCGGCUGGAAAUUCUACCUUGUCUUCAUCAUCAUCUCCGGCCUCGGGACAUUCUUUACAUACUUCUACCUUCCUGAGACCAAGAACAUCCCACUCGAAGAGAUGGCAAAAUUAUUCGGAGAUGAAGUGGCGGUCUAUGCAGAAGAUCUCCAUGUGGAUCACCGUACCCACGAGCUCAUUGUCGACGAGCAUGGUCAUCAUGGAGCCGAGGUGCAUCGGGUUGCUACCGAGGCCGCUGUGCCCAGGACCUCCCAAAGCGCAGACGUCGAGAAGGGCGCGGCGGCCCAUGGAACCACGGUUGAGCAUGUUGAUGCCGUGAAGGCCGAGGGAAAAUGA